AGGCAGUAUUUGUGUAUUGGAAACGCGGCUUAACUUAAUGCAGAUUUUUCCGCUGAUUCGGCUGCAAAAGAUGCACUUUUGAGGCGCAGCGAGUGCACCCACCGCCCCCGAGUUCGAGUGCAGUUGCAGUCGGGAAAGUUUGGAAAGUGCGCGGAGUGAGAAGAGUGACGAAUUUGGCCAGCGCGUCGAGAUAAAAAGAAACGGAAAAGUUGUACUGUUGCGGGGGGAAAAACGGCGGAUAAACAGAAAUUGGAAAAUUAAAAACGAAACCCAACCACCGAUUUAUACGGCAGCAUUUCAAAUACGGGGAUAAUGGAGUCACAGAAGCGGCCGUCGUUGCAUUUACACACGGAUGUCCCAGCAGGAUCGGCAUCUGGAGGAGUUGGACCUGCAGGAUCUGGGUCUGGAGGAGCAGCAGCUGAGAUGUCGCCCACUUCCGGUUUCCUGCCGGACAUGCCGCAGUGGAAGAAGGACCUCAUCCAGCGUCGGAAAACCAACGUGGCACGCACCCAGGCGGCAUCUAUCGCCUCACCCACCGAUGGCAGUUGUGGGGCUUUGGCUUCGUCUUCGUCGGAAGUCACCGCCGCUCCAGGUGCAAUUGCAGAUUCCAUGGAACCGGCGACAAUCAGUAGCACUAGUCAAAAGAGAAAUAUGAUCGCUUCAGAGGAAAAGUCUGAGAAAUCUUCUAUUUCCAAUACCAAUUCUAAUUCCACUGGAGGUCAUCAAUCCGUUGUUGCCGUCUCCCUUUCGCCCGAAGCGGCAACAACAACAACAGCAACAACUGUAACAGUAACACCAAUACCAAAGCAGCGAUCGAGUUUACUCAACACAAGAAGUCAGGAGAAAGAGACAGAGAUUCUAAAUGAGAGCGCAGACCGCGAUAGAGAGACAGAGAGCUGCAGCAGCGAACAGCCGGCUGCCGUGGUAAUGGUGAGUAGCAGCCGGUGUGGUGAAGUUGAAACUGGCACAAUUGGAGCAGCAGCUAUAACAUCGUCGCCGUCGUCGUCGUCAGCAAAUCAAAACCCAAACCAAAAUCAUUUGAAAACGAAAUGCAAACCGGGACAGAGCGUUGCUGAGGGCAAGCCUUCAGCGAAAGAGACCAUUAAUACCAUUACCAACAUCGAUAACAAGAGCUGCUGUAAAACCAAGAGUAUUUCCGAUAAAUUGCAGAGCAACAAGUUUAUAAUUCAACAGCAACAGCAGCAGCAACAACAACUGUCACCCACAAAGGUAACGGUAAAACCGACAAUGGUCGCCAUGCAAGAGAUGAAGAAGACAACCAAACAAAAUGGCCAGCACCGACAUCUAGCGGGCAAAAUUGGCAGCAGUGCCACAGGCGAUGUCGAUCCACAUCCACCAAAUCCCAUUCCAGAUGCCUUGGACACCGGUGAGGAUCUGAGCUAUGGACCCGGUAUUGUAUCCAAAUUGCGUUGCCGCUAUUUAAGUUUGGCCCUGCGAGAAUCCCGUCAGCAGAGCAGCAAACAACGAUUGCAGCGCUCCACCAGCUUAAAUACUUUGCUUGAUCGCGAUGAUGACGAAGUGGAAGUGGAGGAGCCCGAUGUGGCCAGCAGCCAAGUGCGUGCCAAAUCCACACCACCACCGAUAUUGGGUGCCAAACCGACAACCAAACCCAGCAGCCAGCAGCAAAGACCCGUUAGCCUUGGUGCCAAUGGAGCUGGAUCAGCUGUUAACCCGCCCUCGACCACGGAUGAAAAGCAAUCCGGUGUUUUGGCCAAUGGAGGAGCUGGAUCUGGUGCAGGUUCGGGCAAUCGAUCGCGACAUUUUAAACGCGGCAACGAAGUGAUGAAGCGCGCCCGUUCUGUGGAGGCGCUGCUUUGUGAGAAAUCGCCGUGGAAUAGUCAGAGAAUUAGCACUGCCGGUGCAGCAGUAGGAACACCAUCACCACCUGCUCCCAAGGCCACCGUUGCUGCUGCCACCCCCUCACCUGUCACCUCACCAACCUGCGUCACCAUUGAGGAUAAGAUCCAUAACGCCCGCGAGCGUCUACACAGUGGCACAGAGACGGCGCCACCCAAGCGACUGACUUCUAUUAUCGAUGACACCGAACGGCCGCCACCGGAUCUCGUUAAGCAAACCCUCAAAAUGUUCGAGGCAAGUGCCAAUCGUCGUCCCCGCGCCGCCCAUCGUUCCAAUGGCGUUGGUGGAGUAGCCAGCAAGGUGGCAAGCUACAAAUCGAUUAUUAAGGAUCAGAAACAACCAACAUCGGCGACGCCAUCGCCUGGUCUGGGUUUUGCCUCCUCCACGCCACUAAGGAACCCACAUCAAGUUCAUCCGGAUAUAAUACCCCGUCAGGUCGAUUCGCCAGUAUCGGCGUUGAGUGUGAUGAUGCGUCGCAUGGAACUGCAGGAUCCAGAGACGCCAGAAAGGGACAACCGGGAAACGGAGGCUACACCGCAGAGCGAGGCGCCAAGCGAGACUGAGCGAAACGAUCGCGAUGAAGGCGAUGGCGAAGGCGAUGACGACAACAACACUCACAACAAUAACGACGAUCACGACGACGGCUGCGGCGGUGGCGACAGCAGCGACAACAAUGAGCAACGCGAUAAAAUGGGCGCGGCGUCAGCGGCGGCAGGCGGCGAUAAGCCUAAGCCCCCAACGGAAUCGGCAGCGGGAGGCGCCCAACGAUCAUUCGCUGCCUCGACGGAGAACGCGCAUGUAGCCAGCGGGAGUACUAGCAGUACAAGUACCAGUACCAAUACCACUGUACGGAAGCUCAACAAUAACAACGAUUCCAGCGGACCAGCGGUGACCAAACAGAUUGGUGUAAUCCGUCCGCUAUUCAAUAGCCAAGGAGCUGGUAGUACGCCGCUAACGAGUCGCGAGAUUGAAAAGAAUCGCAUCAAUGAGAUGAAGAAGUCGACGGCCACAGAAGCCGGUGGUGUGGGUACCGGAUCCGGAACGGGAUCGGGUAACUCGCCCACCACUAGUCUCGACACCGUGAUAAACACCAAGGAAACGGCCAGCAGCGAAACGGAGGCAACUGCCUCACCACUGUGGACACUGCGCAAGCUUAGGAGUCAGAAUCAAGCGGCCGGAGGAGGAGCAAGCGGCGCCGGUGGAUCGGGGCCCAGUUCCAGCCAUCAUUCCACAGAGAACACCUCGAUGGUGUUCAACUUUUCCAAGAGCACCAAGGAAGUGCCCGACUACAUCGAAAGCGACGUUGUGAUUUACAGGCGCAAGCGGGAGCUGCCAAAGCCAAAUGAGCCUGGCUUCGUGUUGCUGGGUGAUCUCUCCGUGGAGACAUCAACGGACACGGACUAUGACGACUACUCCAUGUGCCCGCCAUCGCCGUGCGAUGUGGAGUUCGAGAAUGCCAAUAUUGUGAUCGACGGCAAGUCCAGCAUACGCCAGAAACCCAAAGAGUCAUCGUUCCGCGUGCAGUUCAACGACACGCUGACGUCGACAUUUGAAUACCCCUCCGAGGCAUCAAUGAUCAUCGACGAUACACCAUACGCCGAUCCCUUUGGUCAUGUUAGCAAACAUCAUCAGAUGAUGCUGGCAGAGCAUCUGUUGCAGCAACAACAACAGCUGGAACUGGAGCAAAUGCGUCAGCUGGGUCUGCAGGAGCAGCAUCAUCAUGUGACCGUUGACGAGAUCAUUGAGCUGCCCACAUCGACGGCGGGACAUGGACAUGGGAUUGGAAUUGGACAUAGGGCGGGUGCGACGGGGGGAGGAACGAUGCUGGGGAAUUUACCGUUGGGCUCCACGGCUCUGGGUUUCUACACGCCCAUGAAGGGCUCGCAGAUGAACAACCUCUUCCAGCUGGGUGUCACCCGGUACGCCCUGCCUGAAAGCAGCAGCAGUGGGAGCAGCAACGGAAGCCACAGCCCCAGCAGUAACGGGAGCAGUCCAGCCGGAGCUGCUGGCAGCCGGUUAAUGUUUAAUGGGAAUGGCUGCAUUGCGGGCAACGGCGAGGGACUGAACAAGGAUGAGAAUACAGUAGCAGCGGAUGCAGCAGCAGCGACAGCGGCAGCAGGAUCAGGACCUGGAGCAGGUGCCUCCAAGAACGGUUCAGCUGUGGACGAGGAUGAUUACCAUCUGACGGCGACGCCGGGCGGGAGUGUUGUGUACAGCGAGGGUACACAGAAGACGGAUUUGCUGUAUUAAGUUGUCCCGCUGCUAGCUAAAACCCAGAAGCAAGUAGCAAGGAGCUCUUUUUCUACCGGUUUCCAAACCUUCCCAAGCCUCCCUUAAACCCCUUUUUCCUAGCCCCGAAACCAUUCCCCUAAUUGAAAAGCGUGCGCUUAGGUGAAAUAUCAAUUUCGGUUAGACACAAAAAACGUAAUGAAUUAAACAAAACGAAGUAUAAAAAAAAAAGUAAAAACAAAAAAUAAUGCAACGUAAACCAAGUAUGGCAAGAAAUCCAUAAAGAUACGUAUAUAAAUAGAUAUUAUUUGUAAGUUUGUAGGCCUAGAGAUCCGAUGUGUAUGUGAACAACAGCAAGCGUGUGUGUCUGUCUUCUUUAUAUAUAUAUAUAUGUUUUUUUUUUUCGAUAAAUUAAUAAUUAUUAUAUUAUUGUAAUGUAUCUACACGGCACUGAAUGAACAACUUCGCUGCUUUAUUUGUAUUUGUAUUGUGUAUUCCAUUUACGGCAUUUUUGAUAGUAAAUAUACAACAACAACAAAUCAACGUAUUUCCGACUGCAUCCCGAAGGUAACUUAAAUCUACGAAGCGAGCGGUCAUGUCCGAUGUCCGCCGGAGUAUUAACUUAAUGGAUCUGAAUGAUCCGAUCUUGUGACCCAUCAUACCUUUCUGCGACCCUUCCAAUUCUUCCGCCACCAUCACAGACAUUAAAAAAAAAAACAAAAAACAAAAAUAAUAAA